AUGGCAAGAUUGCCGAGACAUAUCCUCCGCCCUGAUAUUAACCAGGCUCUGGACAGCGGUAACUACGAUUGGCCCAAUGGAAUAUCACUGGACAGCCUCACAUUAAUAACGGACAAGAGCUCUAGACGUUUGAAAGUCAAGCCAGACGAAGUGAGAGGGAGUGAUGAAUCAAGAGUGAACCCCUUUUCCGCACAUAUAUCGCAUCCCUCACCUUCAUCACCUUCGCCUGCGUCGUCUGAUAUGUUGGCGAUCAAGGUGGGCGACCCAACACUAGUAGCCCACAUCCAACCCGAGGCGCCCCAGUCCAUGGGCAACACCAGCAACGCUUGCGUUUCAAGUGACGGUGCUGAUCUUGCUGCUUAA